UACUGAUGAUUUGGAGAAUACAAAUGAUAAUAGAGUACGUAUUCAUACCAAGGCAUUCACUUUAAUUAAUUAUUUAUUAUUUAGCAAAAAUGUAUAUUUUUUUGUGUUCUAGAAUAAUUCAAAAAAACCAUCUCAACAUCGCGUUGAUAUGGGUGCAACUCAUUUUAAAGAAUUUCACGAUAUUCGAUAUCGAUUCGAGCAAAUGACUAAUGGAAACGUUCGACGUUAUACAUCGGAAAAUAAUUUAAGCGAUAUUGGGGAGUCGACAACAGGGACGAACAAUAGUGGUCGAUCGAAAAAAGAUGCACAGAAUAUUAAACAACGUCGUACAAACAAUGUCACUGAUGCUACUAGUACGACGACAACAUCAACAUCGACCACGGAUACCCCGUCGUGGAAAAAACUAUCACCACAUGCGCGUUUAUCAGCAUUAUUAGAUAAAACAGGUAGUCGUGUGGAAAAUAACAGUAUACCGUUAGUCGAUGGUGGCUUACGUCGUAAUCGAAAUAAUUUAUUAUCACAAGGGAAUAGUGCAAGUCUAAUCGAUUUGAGUUCGAUUGAUAAACAGAAUUCAUCUUUCAUGCAAUCAUUCGAACAACGACCACGCUUUCGUUUUGUUCCACCAACCGGAGAAAACUCAAUUCUUCAAGAAGAACCAGAACCACCACUAAACGAAUUGCAGCGUACAACAACGAAUAGUGAUCGUUCGAACAAUGAUAAAACAAGACUGUUUGUUACAACAACAGCAACGACAACAGCUACAACCCCCGUAAAAAAUUCAAAUUUGAACAGUAAUAAUAAUGGGCGCCCGAUUAAUCGACAAGCGACAACAUAUGAUAAUAUAACCCAUCAGACGAAUAAUUUACCAUCAACUGUUACAAAUGGUCUAAAUGGAACGGCUACAUCAUCAUCUUUAUCUUCGUCACCACAUAGUAGCAAGGCAUUAACCUCAGAAACAAUGUCACCACGUAUUACAUCACCAAGUCAAAGCGCAUUGAAUUCGAUUAACUCCAUAGAUCAGUCUACAACUGCUCAAAAUGGAUCUCACGUUCCUCAUACUACGAAUAACAACAAUCAUCCUCCUCCGAUUAAAUCCACUCUAUUUAAUCAUCAACAUGAAAACAAUAAUAGUGCUUUCAAACCUCAUCAACCAGCUUCUGAUCUCCAUCAACAACGGCAAAUGUAUCCAAAUCAACAUCAAGCAUCAGCAAUUCGAUCAAUGAAAUCGCCACAGAUAACUCACAAUGGAUUUUACAACAACAAUCAUCGUUCGCCAAAUGAACAGCAAUCUCAUUCACGUCCAACUGUUUCUGCACAAAAUGUAAUACAGCAUCCAUCACUGGCAAAUGGUAAAAUUGAACAAUCGUUAAAUCGAACGAAUUUACAGCCUGUGAAACGAACAGAAUCCAUGCAUAAACCAGGCGUUCAUGUUGGUAUUACCAAUCCAACGCCAAAUUCGAAUCCAAAUGGGCUUAUUGUUCGACAACCUAAUUGGCAUCAGUCAAUGUUGAAUUUAAGUACUACUGAUUACGAUCAUAAUAAUAGUGUAACAACACCUGCCACAGCCCUUUUUAGUUCGCGAGGUUCAUUACAAUCAGCACAACCACCUUCAAAUUAUACAAAUCACCCAGCAUUUGUCUCAAAAACAAAUGGACAAAAUAAUAAUGUACCACCGCAAUCACACGACAAUCGUCAGAAAAUCCUACAGAGAAAACCCACAGACGAUCCAUUACUCCAAUGGAUUCAUCAAUUAGAUGGGCGUCAACAAAAACAGAAUGGUCAUGUUACUCAACAACACUAUUCUCAUCAGCAGCAAUUUUAUCAGUCAUCGAAUCAAGCAGCAGCCUAUCCAUCAUCAUCGUAUGGACUCUAUAUUGCAGCAGGAGCAGGAAUACCAAUGUUAAAUGGUUCUGAUUAUUCUCAUCAAUAUUUGAACAAUAUUAAUAUGAUUAAACAGUAUCCGCCACAACGAUCUAAUCCCGUGCAAUCGUAUCAUUCUUCAUCACAACAGCAACAACAACAGCAGCAGCAGCAGCAGCAACAACAACAACAACAACAACAACAACAACAACAACAACAAUUGUUAAGAAAUAAUAAUCCUAUUUCUUAUGGGGAAAACGUCUAUCAUUUUACGAAUAAUAAUAAUAAUUCACAACAGGCAAGUUAUCGAUGA